AUGCCUCCUCGUGCAGUAGCCAGUCCCAAGAAGAAAAGGUCCAAGCGCAAAGCUUCUGACGCUUCAAAGGCUAGCUUACCGAAGAAGCCCCGUGCAGCAAACCCCGUCGAAAUUCCUAGCAUGCCGCUUGUAUCUCUUGGUCUAACCAAAGUUGAUGCAGCGGACGCUGCUCCUCAAUGUUCUGGCCGCCCCAAUGCGGGAACAGGGGGUAGGAAUGCCCAGCUGGAGAAAAUUGGGGUAGUGUUAGAGGCUAAGUCCCGGAAUCGGAAACCCAAGGGCACCACAUCUCUUGGUAUGGUCAAUCCCGUGAACCCUCAGGCUCCAGAACCACAUCGUAAAGGCCAAAAGAAUCGUCAGAAGGUGCUCCCCCCGCCAUACAGUCCUGACCCCUCAGACUUCAGUGCCAGCCCCCAGGUGCCUCAUUUUUAUUGCAGCAAAAUGGUGGGAGGUUUGGUUUUGCAGGCUUCGACCACCACUUGUGUUGUCCCUCCUGGUGCGGAGCCCAAUCCUCAAGUCUUGAAUAACCCAUAUCUUGAGCAGCGCAAUCAGAAUACUUUCGCUGAUCACUCCUGCAGUUCACAACCUCAAACAACUGCUACCUUGUCAGAUUACAAUAUAGACCCGGCCCUGCGAUCCGAUCUGGAGGACAGCGACUCUAGCGGUAGUGGUACUGACACUGACAUUGACAAAGACGACGACGAAGAGGGUGAGGACGAGGGCAAGGGUGAGGGCGAGGACGAGGAUGAGGACAAAGGAGACGAAGGAGAGAAUAAUGAAUCCCAGUUUGGUUGGGGGGAAGCUCACCAACGGCAGAAGGGACAUCCAGGAUUUUCAGCUGAAGGACUCCCUACUCAGGCUCGAGUUGCUCACCCUCUGACACCAGACUUCGAAUUUCAAUACUCACGCGAUGAAGAUGAAGACUCUGCCUGGAUGCGUCUCAACAACAGCAACCAGCCUCUGGGCACCUUACCAGGAGUGCAGCAGGAACGAUCAGAUCCUCAGACUAACACCUCAAAGGCCGAGGAUGUAUUGAAGCGCCACCAUAAGAAAAAUGGUCAGCCUCGCCUUCCCGACCCUGAAACGCUCCAGCUGUUGAAUCAAGUGGCGGAGUCUGUCGACCAAGUUCAGCGCCGGUCAAAAUCCAAGAAACCCAAGGGAUCUGAUGGGCCGAGGCCUGAUCAACUGGCUUGGUAUGGACCACACUGGAAAAGUUUUCUCGAGGAGGCCAAAGGAGAGUGUCGCGGGCAGCAUGCCCUGGAAAACCCAUUCCCGCCUUUAGUCAAGGAGAUGCCAGGAACCAUCUCCGAGGUUCUACUUUCAGUUCUGGUCGCAUGGGACAAGAACGGUAGACAGUUUGAAGCUGGGGUCUGGCCAGAGCAGCAAUAUAACAUGACGCGAUUGUUGUAUGACGACCUGUCAACUUGGCGGUCUGAUCUGAAGAAGACUGCAAUAAGCAUCGCGCCGCUAUCAUACUCGCUUUUGCCUCCGCCUUCGGUUCCUCCUCAACAACGUGCAACUUGGGUCGAAAACACUGCUAAAAAUUUACUCCAGGGUGGUUUGUAUUUACGGUUUGGAAUAGACGAGAAUGGGCAAAUGAGGAACUUCGCUAAUCCUGCCCUCCGUGAUGCAUCCAUUGCUUUUUUUUACACAGGACCUUACCAGAUUGCACGGAGGCGGCCAGAUCAUUUCCGCACACAAUUGCCAAUAUCAUGCUUAGCCUUAGUUGCCACAGUGUUCCACUGCGUCUUUGACAGUCUUGAGAAGAACGGUAAUGAUAAACGUUAUCCGAAUUUCUCCUCGAAGGAAUACUCGCCGAUCUACUGGAAAAUGCUCAACAUCAUCAAAAAUACCCUCAAGGAUGAAUAUCACGGCCCUAGAUUGUCAGCACAACUUCAAGAAUGGGCCGAAGCCGGAUGGGCCGAAAAUCUCAAGCUCGAUGGCGGCGCUAUGGAGGCGAGACAUGACCACCUCCAGGUUAUUCUGGACUAAACCUUUGUAUUCCGCACUCUUCACUUACCCUGUAGUCGCAUUUCUUUUGAUUCGUCAUUUACUACUACCUACUGUUAUGUGCUUUCGUGUUUCCGUGAUCCGAG